AAGACAGAUCAAAAUAUUUACUUUUAUAGGUUAUGUUUUUAGUAUUUCAAUAAAACUACAAAUUAAUACUGAAGACAAUGUAAAUGCUUAUUAAAUGAGUCAAUCAAACAGUCCCUGAGCCAUAUUUAGAUUUCACUAAUAAAUCGAACAUAAUAUUAUUACUUUUAUCGAUGCAAAACUGAUUUUAUUCUGAGGCUGCAGGAAACCAUAAAACUAAAAUGGUUUUGAUCAAGUGGAGAUUCAACUGCCGAGCUAUUUUAUGGCAAAUAAUAUCUCACUGUUCAUGGAAGAUAUCCCAAGCUUCACUCACAGCCCGGUCGCUCACAUAUAACAGACUAAUGAACCGAAGCUAUGUAGUUGACAUCUUGUUAGAACCUAUAUUCUGGAUUGUUGAUAAUUUCUCCAAGUAUCUUGGCAAGGUAUUUGUGUUCUGCGUGACAGUGCUAACAACAGCAGUGGUGUGCAUAGCAUACUGGCUCGGCCUCCCAUACUGGUGGGAGCGGAGUCCGUACUUCACAGUUGUCCUGGUGAUAGUUGGACAUUGGCUGCUUCUGAACAUUGUGUUCCAUUACUACAUGGGUGUUGCUACUUCGCCGGGCCACCCUCCGAAUGGCUCAACAAUCAUAGAAGCAGCCAGCAUAUGCAAAAAGUGCAUACAGCCGAAACCACCACGCACCCACCACUGUUCUGUAUGCGACCGCUGCGUGUUGGUCAUGGAUCAUCACUGUCCAUGGCUCAACAACUGUGUGGGAUACUAUAAUGCUAGAUAUUUCUACCUCUACAUGGUCUAUAUGGCUGCUGGGGUCAGUUUUGUCAUCACUGGCGGGCUGGAUAUAGGAUAUGUGGUGUGGCUUAAUGAUACUGGAGGCAUAAUCCCUCACAACGACCCCAACCUCAUCGGGCAUCCUGUCAAGUUGAACCAGAGCGGCUUCCUGGUACCUAUCAACAACAUCGUCGAAUACGACUCGGACCUAGCUCCUCGGGAGCACGACCUGCCCAUCCCACCAGUGACAGAAGCCCAGAGAAUCGCAGCCCACCCGUGGAAGAGAAAAGCCGUCAUGUUCAUGGCGGUCACCUGCGUAGCCACACUAUUCGCACUGGGCACGCUGGUCAUCAUGCAUGGGAAGAACAUAAGCAGAGGAGAGACGAGCGUUGAAGCGCACAUAAAUGUUAAGAUGAGGAAAAUGCAAAGUGAGUUUAAGAAUCCAUACGAUUUUGGUAGGAAGAAGAAUUGGAGGCUGUUUCUUGGUUUGGUCAAGGGUAGGAGUUUCUGGCGGCAUGUCCUGUUGCCGUCCACUCAUAAGCCGAUAGGGAACGGCUUGUCAUUCCACACGCAGUUUGAAGUAGAAGAUGACUGGCCGUGACAGGGAAUUAGGGUAGUAGGUAGUAUUAAUAGGAAAACACUAUUAUCACGCAUAGAUGAGCGAUCGAAGUUUUCUGUAGUGGAUUAAUAGCCAGUUCUAUAGAUAAGAGUAUUUACAGAUAUACAAAUUUGGCAGGAUAGAGGAUUUGUUUAGUUUAGGUUUGGCUAUGGCUAUACUAGCACUCUUGAUUCCAGGUUUUACAAGCCGUUUUUCGUAUUGAGAUUGAAUAUUUAUGCGUGCUAAUAUUAGUCUAUGCAACUAGGCAUAGAUCACUUCUAGUCCCCGGUACUUCACCGGUCAAUUCCAAGUACAUUAAAUUAGGUAUAAGUACAUUAUUAUUUAUUUACUUAUAAUAAUUUAAGUGAAAGUACGUAUUAUAUUUAAGUUGGUUUUUUAUUCCACUAAUCUUGCUAUCAUUUUAAAGUUUAUUGAUUAUACGCUUUUGGGUCUUUUAGUUUAUAUUUUUAUAGAGGUUCUUACUGAUUAUUCUGUCUCAGACUUUUUAGUAAAGUUCAUGAUUGAAAGACUGCAAGUCCACUACAAUUAAAUUCAAAAUAUUUAGUAACUGGAUGUGUACAUGAAAUUGAGUAUGUACAUGACGCUCUAAAUCUAAAAUUUGUCUUCAAAGUUUUUGACUAUAAUAUUUUUAUUGGACUUCAACUAUAAUAUACUUUGUAUACUGCUUCAACUUCUACUAAUUUACAGAUUGAUAGUGUGAAAAUUAAUAAUGAUUCAUACACAUGUGGCCAUAUGGACUCAACUGGAUACAGAUGAGCCAAUCAGAAUGCGCUAUAAACUGUUCCGCCAUUUUGAAUCAUCUUAUAUACUAUUGGGGAAUCCAUAAAGCUUAGAACCGCUUGGAGCCGAGUGUUCGAUAGAAUAGGUACUAUAUUAAACGCUAACAAGACGAGUUGUGCAUAGGAUAUUGUUUUGAAUUCGCGGGGAGUAGCUAUGAAAGUUUGUACUAUAUUCGGUAUAUUCACUGCCAACAUUCGCUAAUGCUUCCAUUCCACCGUGUGACCGCUGAUAUUAUUUAAUAUUUCUUAGAAUCAUUCGAUAUGUUCCUAUUUAAGACGUUACAAUAGUAAGUAACAUAGUAAUUG